AGCAUAUAUUUCAAUCCUUAUAAAUUUAGUCAUCUUAUUCAAACUCCUUUAUAGACACUCUUUUCCAUUCAACCAUUAUGGCGAAUUUCCAUGAGUACCUUGUUCUUCUCCUCAUAUGGUUAGUCCCUUUCAUCUUUUUCCGAACCAUCUUCACCAAAUCUCGAACUCACCAUCGUCUGCCUCCGAGUCCACGGGCCCUUCCCAUCAUCGGACAUCUUCACCUCCUUGGCCGAAUCCCUCACCAAGCUCUUCACAAGCUCUCAUCCCGACACGGACCCCUAAUUCAACUCUACUUUGGCUCCAAACCCUGUGUCGUCGUUUCCUCACCAGAAAUGGCCAGAGAAUGCCUAAAAACCCAUGAAAUGUCCUUCUUGAACCGUCCCAAAAUGACCAACGUAGACUACCUUACUUAUGGCUCAGCCGACUUUGUCAUGGCACCUUAUGGACCUUACUGGAAAUUUAUGAAAAAGCUUUGCAUGUCUGAGCUGCUUGGAGGCCGAAUCUUAGACCAAAAUCUACCAAUUAGGCACGAAGAGAUAGAGCGAUUCUUACAUUUCAUGGUUAAGAAAGCUGACAAGGGAGAACAAGUAGAUGUUGGAGGAGAGCUUGUACGGUUAACAAAUAACAUCAUCUCGCGGAUGACAUUUAAUCGAAGGUGUUCGGAUGAUGAUGAAGAAGCAUACGAGGUGAGGGAAGUGCUGGAAGAGAUGUGUGAGCUUGCCGGGAGGUUCAAUUUCUCGGAUAUGUUUUGGUUCUGCAAGAAUUUGGACUUGCAAGGAUAUGGAAAAAGGCUUAAAGAUGUGCGUAACAGAUAUGACAAAAUGAUGGGAAAGAUUAUGGAGGAGCAUGAGGAGUCAAGAAGGAAGAGGAAGAAUGAUCCAUCUAAAUGUGAUAACCCAGUGAAUUUGCUUGAUAUUCUGCUUGAUAUAUAUGAAGACCAAAGCUCAGAGAUCAAAUUGACAAGAGAGAACAUAAAGGGCUUUAUCAUGAAUAUGUUCGGUGCUGGGACUGAUACAUCAUCGGUAACAAUAGAAUGGGCACUAUCGGAGCUAAUCAACCGCCCAAACGUGAUGGCAAAAGCAAGAGAAGAAAUUGAUUCCAUAGUGGGAACCAACAGAUUAGUAAAAGAAUCUGAUAUCGUCAAUCUUCCCUAUCUCCAAGCCAUAGUAAAAGAAACACUGAGGCUUCACCCAACAGGCCCAAUGAUCGCGAGAGAGAGCACUGAACAUUGCACCAUCAACGGCUAUGAUAUUCCGGAGAAGACCAGACUCUUUGUCAACGUUUGGGCCAUCAAUAGGGACCCAAAGCACUGGAAGGACCCGCUCGAGUUCGUGCCGGAGAGGUUUUGGAAGAGCACACUGGAUGUGAGAGGCCAGAGCUUCCAGUUUCUGCCGUUUGGGAGUGGAAGAAGAAGUUGCCCUGGAACAAGUUUGGCUCUUCAGGUUGUUCAUGCAACACUAGCAGCUGUAAUUCAGUGCUUUGAUUGGAAGGUUGAGGAUGGAGCUGCUGGAAUUGAUGGUACGGUGGGGAUGGAAGAAGGACCUGGGAUAUCACUUCCUAGGGCUAAAUCUCUGGUUUGUGUUCCUUCGGUCAGGUUUAGCCAUUUCCAUCAACCUGAUAUUGCUCUUUCUUAGAUCCCUAUGUAGUGUCUUUUUUAUUUGUCCUGCAUCAAGUGUAGCAUGCUGGUGGUUCUGUUGGCUUUGUCUUCACUCGGAUCUGCUCGGUGGUAGUUUUUCUGUUUGGUUAUCGUACGGAACGAAUCAAAGCCAGUAAGGCAGUAACUAGGUCAAAAAAUUUCAAGUUCAAUAAUGCGGUUUCACUGUCGACUGUAACAGUGUAAUUAAUCGUGUGCAGAACAUUUCAUCAUAUCAUACCCUUUACAGAUAUCAGUGGAAUAAUUUGAUCACUUCUCAAUCAAAAUCAAUCAUGUACCUAUCAUAA